GCCGUUGGAGCGUUUUACUUGCAGCGUUGCUGGACAGAAAUGGCCGCCCAACGUCGAUGUAUUCGCAUUCGUUGGUCGUCUCACUCACUCCAUUGAUUAACAAAUGCAAGCCUUCGUGCAACUUCCCAGCCUCGACGUGGUCGACGGCAACAACCGAGACGAAUGUGCGACCCAGCGACGCACCCGACAAUGGCACACACAACUCGGCCUCAUUAGCUUUGUUAUCUUUGGUGCCGAGGCCUCGCGGGGCAUCGUCAUGCCGACGCUGUUUCUCUACUGCCAGUCGCUCGGUGGUGACCUCUACCUCAUGGGCCUCCUCACGUCCGUCUUUAGCCUCGGCCGCCUCAUUUCAUCGACGGUCUUUGGGUACCUUUGCGACAGAUACUCAUUCCGCGCCGUGUACAUCGUGUCGUCAAUCAUCGGCCUCGUUGGCAACGCGCUCUAUCUGCUGCCGCACCCCCAAAUUUUGCUACUCAGUCGCUUCCUUGUCGGCGUGAGCUCGGGCAACCUCAGCGUCUGUAGAGCCGAUGUCGCUGCCAAGACCCACGUGGAGCAUCGCCUCAAGUACCUCACCAUGCUCGCACUCAUGGUAUACCUUGGCUACGCGCUCACACCAGGCAUCGGCGGCCUCCUUUCACGCGUCGACUUGACGGUUGCGGGCCUCCACAUCGAUGCCUACACGAUCCCGGGUGUCCUCUUGGCGAUCCUCAGUGCGAUCUCGCUCCUGCUCAUCAUCUGCCUGUACGACGAUUCGAUUUCCGUCGACGACGCACCCGAGGCCAAGCCCAAGACCACGACUGUGACCACCGCGGCGUCGUUCGAACUCUCGGACACGCUUGUUUACACCGGCGUCGUGCUCUUUAUUUUCCUCAACAUCGUCGCCCGCGGCGUGCUCUCGAUCUACGAGACCACCAACGUACCUCUGUUCGCCCAAGUAACGGGCGAGAAGAAUUCGACGAUGAUUGCCGCCGCGUCGGCGUUUCAGUUCAACCUCGGUCUUCUCGGGCUCGUCGCGUACUUCGCCAUUGAAGUCUGGCACCACGCCGUCUCGGACGUCGCGUGGCUCGUCGGCGGCUUCCUUGCCUUGGGCAUUGGCAACUUGAUCCUUGCUGUUCGCACGACACCGACGUAUGUGGAGCUCUGGCUCGGUGUCUUCUUCCUCUGGAGCGUCGGCAGUCCCAUUACGACUGCCGUCUGUGUCUCGGCCAUGUCCAAGAUCCUCGGCACGCGCCAACAAGGCAAGUGGAUGGGCCUCCUCGGGUCGGCUGCGUCGCUUUCGCGCAUCAUCAUGCCAAUGCUGCCAGCGCUCUUUGCGUCGUCGUUCGCGCCGCUCUUUUACAUCAACGUCGGGCUCUGUACGGUCGCCAUGAGUGCACUAGUAGCCUUUGAUCUGAUCGUGAAGCGAGCUAAAACCAUGUCGCCAAGAGCCACCGCGGUUGUGCCCAUCGCAUCCCAGGCUGCCACGUAGGUCGGUCCGCCUCUCUCGUCAUAGCUCCAGCGGUACAGCAUUCUUGGCUGUUCGACUUGCAACAUUUAACAUUUGUCCUAUACUAUAAGCAGCGUUUCGAGAUACGAGGAAUCUAGAAAGAUCAUGCCAGAAGGACUUCUUUUGUCAUACUAACUGGAAGCCCUUGAGUUAGCG